AUGAAAAACUAACGGCCAAACAACAAAUUUCUAAACCUUUUAGUUGCCUAGUCGACCGGAAUUGGUAAAAUUGAACAAAGACUAAACACCAACUGCUCUACUCUCUCCUCAUUUUCCUUCGACCACCGUAUCACCGCCACCAAUGGCGUUUCUCCGAGGACGCACAACCACUCUCAUGUGGAAUCUCCGUCGCACCUUUUCUUCAUCUCCAACCUCUCUCACCGAAACCAAAUCCAAAUCCUCAAAAAUGGCAGACUAUCUCUUAACCCAUGAUCUCGCUUCUCAAAUUGGCACUUCAAUGCCCAUCUCCAUGAUGCGAAUUGGAACAAUUAUUCACAACAUCGAACUCCGCCCAAAUGAAGGUGGUAAACUCGUACGUUCUGCUGGAACUUCCGCUAAAAUCCUUAAAGAACCCUCUUCCUCUCGUCGUGUUCUUGUCCGUUUACCUUCUGGAGUAGACAAGCUUAUUGAUACUCGUUGUCGAGCUACAAUUGGGGCAGUUUCUAACCCAUCUCAUGGUGCGAAAAAGUUGAAGAAAGCUGGGAAUAGUAGAUGGCUUGGGAGAAGACCAGUUGUUAGAGGUGUUGCUAUGAACCCAAUAGAUCAUCCUCAUGGUGGUGGUGAAGGUAAAAGUAAAGGGCAUCAUUCUGUUUCUCCAUGGGGUAAGCCUACUAAAGGUGGGUAUAAGACUGCUUGCCCUAAGAAGAAGAAUCGUCUCAUUUGAAAUUCUCAUUUUAGGCUGCUUAUUCCAUAACUGGGUGUUGAAUUCCCGUAACAGCUCAAUGAUCCCAUGUUCACCAAACUCGGGCAUACAAGAAUGCCGAUUGCCGCUUGAGCUUUGAAAAUUUUCUGAAUCGAGCGCCGAAGCACAAAUUGUGGUAGUGCAUGUCAAUUUUUUAUCUAUGCUUAGAACCAUUUUUGGGAUACUUAUGAUGUUUAUAGAUCAGAUAAUGCGCUGGAAUUUGUUGAACUUGUUGAUUCACUUUGCCAGUCCUUUUUGUCAAUAAUGAAAUAGUGAAUCAGACUUGUA